AUGCAAUCGACUGUACAGCGCGUCGUUCGCCGCGCAAAUGUCUCGAGUAGAAUCCAUGGACGUCGUGCGAUGCAACGUGUGACAUCUAUAUGUAAAAUGCCUUUAAAUGCGCAAUUGGUACCACGUGGUACCACGUUGUUGCCGUCUUUCCAGCAGUUUAAUGCCUGUUUUAGUACCAGCGCCUCGGACGACAAAGCUAAUCGCCAUGAAUUCCAGGCUGAGACGCGUCAACUUUUGGAUAUUGUGACGCACUCUAUUUACACGGACAAGGACGUAUUUAUCCGUGAACUUAUCUCUAAUGCAUCUGAUGCGCUUGAAAAGCUGCGUCACUUGCAGUCCACGGGAGCUGAUAUCCGGAACGCUGAGCUGGAACCACAUAUUGUGAUUACUACGGACGAAAAGGCUGGCACGCUGACCAUUGCUGAUACGGGAGUGGGUAUGUCAAAGAAAGAACUUAUUAAUAAUCUGGGCACGAUUGCACGCUCGGGAUCCAAGGUGUUCUUGGAGCAGCUAAAGGAUGAUUCUCCCGGGGAGUCGGGCGAUGCCCUUAGCGGCAUUAUCGGGAAGUUUGGCGUUGGCUUCUACUCCGCUUUCAUGGUUGCCGAGAAGGUAGAGGUCUUCUCGCAGUCAGCAGUAUCUGAUUGCCAGAGCCACUUGUGGUGCUCGGACGGCAGUGGAUCGUACGAGGUCACUGAGGCAAACGAGGUAACGCGUGGCAGCAAGAUCGUAAUCCACUUGAAGGAUUCCUGCAAGGAAUUCGGUACGAAGGCCAAGGUCGAGUCUAUCAUUAGGCGCUACUCGAACUUCGUGUCAUUUCCGAUUGUUCUUGAUGGUAACACGGUCAACACGGUUCAGGCACUUUGGACCAAGAGCGAGAAUGAUGUUACCGACGAGGAGUACACUGAAUUCUACAAGUUUAUUGCUAAUGCGUAUGAUGAGCCGGCGUUCCGUCUAAUCUUUAAAGCUGAUGCGCCGAUUGAGCUGAAGACUCUUUUCUUUAUCGGUUCUUCCCACACUGAGAAGUUCGGCUAUGCUCGCCUAGAGCCGGGUGUAAGCCUUUACUCACGAAAGGUUCUUAUUGAGCGCAACUCGCCUGACAUUCUACCGGACUGGAUGCGCUUCGUGCGUGGUGUCGUUGAUAGUGAAGACCUUCCGCUCAGUCUUUCUCGUGAAAAGAUGCAGGACAGCCGUUUGAUUCAUAAGAUCCGUGACGUUCUGACGCGAAGAAUUGUUCGCUUCUUGGAGCGCCAGUCCACCAAGGAACCGGAAAAGUUCGAAAAAUUCUUUACGGAGUUCGGCCAAUUCAUUAAGGAAGGCAUCUGCACGGAUUUUGCGAACAAGGAUGCCUUGGCGAAGCUGCUACGCUACGAAUCGAGCCAAGUGGAUGGAGGCAAGUUGACUACUCUCGAUGAGUAUGUGUCACGGUGCCCACCAGACCAGAACGAGAUCUACUACUUGUGCGCCCCUACGCGAGCCAUCGCCGAGUCAUCACCAUAUUUUGAGGCAUUUAAAAAAAUGAACAAGGAGGUGUUGUUCGUCUACAGUCCCAUUGACGACUUUGUGAUGACGAAUGUUGCCGAGUUUAACGGCCGUAAGGUGAUUUCAGCCGAGCACGCGAAGGUGGACGUUGACAGCGACACUGACAGUGCUUCCGGAAAGAAGCUGUCAAAGGACGAGCAGGAUCUAUUUGGAGCUUGGUUGAAGCUGACGCUGGAGGACAACGUGAAGGAAGUCAAGUUCACAUCUCGCUUGACUGACUCGCCGGCAAUUAUCGUGGACCACGAAUCUGCCUCCAUUCGCAGGAUGAUGCAGAUGGUGAAUGAUCGCGCUGGCCAAGAUAAGAGUGGUCUGUCCAAGAAUGUGAUGGAGGUGAAUCCGAACCACAGCAUUGUUGUGGACUUGAAUGCACUUCGUGAAGUUAAUGAUGCUCUUGCAAAGAAGGUGGCCCGUCAGGUCUACACGAAUGCAACCGUAGCUGCUGGUCUUGUGGAAGACGGUCGCACCAUUCUCGGUGACCUGAAUGAGAUUCUCGCUGAGCUUUUGGAGCACAGCUUGCACAAGAAGGACAAUUAA